UAGAGUACAGACCGUUUUAUUUUGCUAUUGCUUACAAAAAACAAGACUAAAAUUUGGGUAACUUUUAUUGGACGAUUGUGUAUUAGUUAAAAUGUUCUCAACCAGCUCUCAACGAAAGUUUUGGACCUUCAGUGAUGAAAGCGAGAUAGCUCGUCACCGAGAAAAGCACAAUUUGGAAUACAUAUCAAAACAUGGCCAACAUAUUGAUGAAUAUCAAAGAUAUAACUUUUUUCUUUCGCCAGAAGAAGAAAGGCUGCUGCUAAAACAAUACGAGCUUCACUUAAAAGAGUUUUGCAAAAGAUUCAUGCCACCAAUGCCGAAAGGAGUAGUGGGCACUGCGUUUCAUUAUUUCAAAAGAUUUUAUUUAUAUAAUUCAUCAAUGGACUAUCACCCUAAGGAGAUUCUAGCUACUUGCGUGUAUUUAGCUUGUAAAGUUGAAGAGUUUAAUGUUUCAAUUGGUCAAUUUGUUGCUAACAUCAAGGGUGACAGGGAAAAAGCCUCAGACAUCAUAUUAAAUAAUGAAUUGCUUUUGAUGCAACAACUAAACUAUCACUUAACAAUUCAUAAUCCAUUUCGACCAGUUGAGGGGUUUUUAAUAGAUAUUAAGACGAGAUGCACACUCGCAAAUCCCGAGCGCUUAAGAAGUGGCAUAGAUGAAUUUCUUGAGAAAGUAUUUCUGACAGAUGCAUGCUUACUUUAUGCACCGUCUCAAAUUGCUUUAGCUGCGGUUCUUCAUGCAGCUAGCAAAGAACAAGAGAACUUGGAUAGCUAUGUAACCGAUAUGUUAUUCCGUGAUGCAGGCCAAGAUAAAUUAGCCAUACUCAUUGAAGCAGUACGCAAGAUACGAUCAAUGGUUAAAAUGGUAGAAAGUCCAGCACGGGAGCGUGUAAGAAUAAUUGAGAAGAAAUUAGACAGAUGUCGUAAUCAAGAGAAUAAUCCUGACAGCGAGAUAUAUAAGAGGCGUAUGAGAGAAGCGCUCGAUGAAGAUGACCUUCCGCACACUGGUUCGAGUAGAAUGUCACUUGAUACCAGCGGUAUAUCACAAGUUCUAUCUCCAUCUGCUUCGUAGAUAAUAAGAAAAAUAACAAGUUCUGACAUUAAUAUUUAAAAUAAACAUAUGACUUUUAUUUAA